UUCAAUUCUGUCAUCAGUAUUUUUCUCUCACUCAGAGGAAAAAAAAUAAAAAAAAUAUUUCGUGAAUCAUUAAAUUAAUAAAAAUUAAUUGAGAGGAAAAUUUAAACACGUGUGGAUAUUAAUUUAAUAUUUUUAAAAAUAAAUUAAUUAAAUAGUUUCCGGUAGAAAAAAAAACGGAGCAGCAAAAUGGGUUCCUGUACAACGGCAUGCGCUAAAUAUUUAGUGUUUUUCUUCAAUCUACUCUUUGCGCUCACAGGUCUGAUAGUGUUCACCGUUGGAACCAUCAUUCUCGUUCGCUAUUACCAUUAUUACAAUUUUGUUGGGCAGCAACUUUGGACUGCUCCAUUAUUCUUGAUUGUCGUUGGAGCUGUCGUCUUCGUGAUCGCCUUCUUCGGAUGUUGCAGCGCCAUCAAGGAGAGUUCCUGCAUGAUUUUAACGUUUUCAAUUUUGCUCGUAUUGAUUUUCCUCACGGAGAUUGGCGUCGGAAUUGCAGGUUAUAUUAAACAUUCGGAGCUCGAUGGCAUUCUCGGGGAGCAAUUUAACACGACGUUGAAGGAGUAUAUGACAGAUCCGGAUGCGCAACAAUCAUGGAACUCGAUUCAGAAGGAAUUUAAUUGCUGUGGCAUCAUGCAACCUGAUGAUUGGAAGCCAAUUUUUAAGAAUGACACGGUCCCAAAUAGUUGCUGCAAUAAGGCUUCGGUGUUGAUUCCGCCAGAGAAACCAAGAAAUACGACUUGCACUCAAGAAUAUGCUGCGAAAAUGGGAUGUCGUGCGAAAUUGUAUGAAUUUUUGGAUAAUUCAGCGUUGAUUUUGGGCGCAGUUGGAUUGAGCAUUGCUGUGGUUCAACUUUUGGGCGUUUGUCUGGCAUGCUGCUUAUCAAGAGCAUUCAAAGAAAACUACGAGGCCGUUUAAAUAUUGGAGACAGGAAAAUGUGCAAAAAAAAAAAACUCAAAAAAUUCUCAUACAAAAUAAUUUUAACGCAUUUACUAUUUUUUUUACAUUUAAUUUACUCUGAAGAAAAAGUGAAGAGACAUAAAUAGCUAGCAGAACCAAAUAAGAAGAUAACCUUAAAAACUGAGUGUUCAUCGGAGGCCUUUUAUUAGUUGCUCUAUUAAGAAAACGUGGAAAAAAAAUAAUUUAUUGCCUUUUUUACGAAUGCGAGCUUUUUGCCUUAUUUUUAAGAAAAAAUGAAGAAUGAGCCUUCUGCGAGAAAAAAAAACCUUUAUUUAUGAAAAACUUUCGAAAAAAAAAUUCGAGUAUUUAAAAUUGAAAAUCUAAUUGUACUUGUAGGAAAUUUGCUUUAAAUGUUAAUUUUAAGAAACAAAAAAAAAUGUUUGAAUUUAAAUAAAGAAGAAAUAUUUAGAUUUUUAGAAGUAAAAAAAAAUAAAAUUUAAAAUAAUCCUUAAGAAUAAUAGAAAGAAAAAAUAUUU